AUGACGGACCAGGCUCUGAACCUGCAGCGUCUGGGCAUCCCACCGUCCGCGAUAGCUGUUCUGGACUCCAGCACUCCUCUCCCAAUGCAGCAGAAAAUUCUACUGGACAUCUGUGGAGAGGGUACUGAGAAGUCUGAUCAACCGAUUCACGGUCUCCUAGCUGUGCUGACCCAGUUCUCAGUUAAUAAACAAUCCACAAUUCGGCUACUCUUCGUCACGCCAGAGAAGUUGUCCAAGUCAAAAAGACUGAUGAACAGACUGGAAAAGGCAUUUAGUCGUGGACGGCUGGCUCGGAUUGCAAUCGAUGAAGUUCAUUGUGUGAGCCAAUGGGGCAACGACUUUCGGCCCGAUUACAAAUUUCUCCAUGUCCUCAAAACCCAGUUUCCCUCCGCUCCUAUUCUGGGCCUCACGGCCACUGCCUCCGCUGAGGUGGUGCUCGAUGUACAGAAGAUGCUGGGUCUGUCACAGGACAAUUGUCUUGUCCUAAGAACUGGCUACAACAGGCCCAAUCUGAACUACAAGGCAUGUCUGUGUGCCCUUUAUUGUCUUCAAUGGUUUAUAGGUUGA